AUGGAUCUCGAGCUCGCCAGCCCCUUCACCCUCCCCUGCGGACUCACCAUGCCCAACCGGCUGGCAAAGGCGGCCAUGGCAGAGGGAUGGGGCGACAAGGACAAGCUUCCCCAAAAGGGGCUCGUCGAGGCGUACGGCUCAUGGGCCGACGGCGCCUGGGGCCUCGUCAUGACUGGCAACGUGCAGGUCGACGAGGCCUACCUCGGCACGCCCGACGACAACGCCGUCAACGCCGGCAUCCCGCGAGACCAGCUGCUCGCCUCGUGGCGCGAAUGGGCCGCCUCCUGCAGCAGGAGCGGCACGCCCACCAUUGUCCAGCUGAACCAUCCCGGCCGCCAGUCGAUGCCCGGCGCCGGCUCCCACGGCUUCCUCGGCAAGACCAUGGCGCCCAGCGUCGUGCCCGUGAGGCUCGGCGACGGGCUCGUCGCCCGCCUCUUGAGCGCCCUCGUCUUCGGCAGCCCGAGGGAGAUGGACGCCCACGACAUCCGACACGUCGUGGCCCGCUUCGUCGAGGGCGCCAGGCUCGCGCACGACGCCGGGUUCGCCGGCAUCCAGAUCCACGCCGCCCACGGCUACCUGCUGGCGCAGUUCCUCAGCCCGAGGACCAACAGGAGGACCGACGCGUACGGCGGCUCGCCCCGGAACCGCGCCCGCAUCGUGCUCGACAUCCUCGAGGCCGUGAGGGGCGCCGUGCCCCGCGACUUCUGCGUCGGCAUCAAGCUCAACAGCGUCGACCACCAGAGCCGGGUGGAGCUCGACGAGUGCGUCGAGCAGCUCGAGGCCAUUGCCGCCGCUGGCGUUGACUUUCUCGAGAUCAGCGGCGGCACCUACGAGAACCCCGAGAUGAUGUCGGGCAAAGUCGACCCGGGUCCCCUCGUGUCGGAGCGGACUGCGGCCCGCGAGGCCUUCUUCAUCGAAUUCGCCCACGCCAUCCGCGACAGGUUCAAGGGCGUGCCCCUGAUGCUGACGGGCGGUUUCCGCUCGCGCCGGGGCAUGGAGGCCGCCAUCAGGGACGGCGCCUGCGAUCUCGUCGGCAUCGGUCGGCCGGCCGUCCUCGACCCCCAGCUCCCCAAGAACACCAUUUUCAACAAGGACGUCAACGACGACGAAGCCAGGCUGUACGCCAAGAGGGUUGCACCGUCGUGGCUCAACAGCUUGCUUGGCAUCAAGUCCAUCGCUGGCAGUGCUGAGAUUACUCGCUCAAUCCGGCAUCCCGUCCAUUCCUCGGCCAUUGCCAACCGGCACGACAUGACGCAACUGCGUGACAUUCAGGACGCCGAUGACCUCGGCUACCGCUACUAUAAUGUCAUGGGACUGAGCGCAGCCGACUCUCUCAACAAUGCCGAUACCCACGCUUUGUUCGCAAACGACGUCUACGCCGGCUGCCAUGGGAGUGUUGCGACAUCCGCUGCCGAGGCCGUUGCCAUUGGGAGCCGCUGA